AGCAGCGGCGCAGCCUGUGACGCUCGUCACGGUCUGCGUUAUGAGACGGGUUUUGUAAGGCAGUUUCUGCGGUCACUGUAGCUUUGGCAGGCAGGUGAGUUGCAUAAGCUUCGGACCCGGGUUCUCUGUGAGCAGAGGACGGCUUCUCCUCGCCUGGCUCUGGAAGAGGAGCUGCUGCCUUGUGUCGGAUUAGCACUAGCGGACCGAGGAUGUUUCCAGCCAGCAGAUACACACGAAAAGCUCACAGAUGCAUCAGGGCACUGAGAACAUUACAGACAGACCCUGCAGCCCUCCAGCUCUACACCAGCAUCCACAGGAGGACCUGCUCUUCAGUGUCAGCGCCCCGCAUCACCACACACUACACCAUUCAUCCCCGAGAUAAAGAUUCACGAUGGGAAGGCAUCGAAAUGGAGAGGUUUGCAGACGAGGCGGACGUCGUGAUAGUAGGCGGCGGCCCUGCUGGUCUGUCGGCGGCCAUUCGCCUGAAGCAGCUGGCCAAUGAACAAGAGAAGGAGCUGCGAGUGUGCGUGGUGGAGAAGGCCCCUCAGAUCGGGGCCCACACGCUGUCCGGAGCCUGUUUGGAGCCCGGCGCCCUCUUUGAGCUCUUUCCUGAUUGGAAAGAACGAGGGGCACCUCUGAACACCCCGGUGACAGAAGACGUGUUCAGCAUUUUUACGGAGAAGCACAGAAUCCCUGUCCCCAUAUUGCCAGGAUUGCCCAUGCAGAACCAUGGCAACUAUAUCGUGAGACUGGGAAACCUUGUGCGCUGGUUGGGGGAGCAGGCUGAGGAGCUGGGAGUGGAGCUUUACCCCGGUUACGCAGCAGCUGAGGUCCUAUUUCACGAGGACGGAAGCGUUAAAGGCAUCGCCACUAAUGACGUCGGCAUCGCCAAGGACGGCUCGCCGAAGGAUGUUUUUGAGCGAGGAAUGGAGCUGCACGCCAAGAUCACCUUGUUUGGAGAAGGCUGCCACGGCCAUUUAGCCAAGCAGCUUUACAAGCAAUUCAACCUGCGGGAGAACUGUGAACCCCAGACUUACGCUAUUGGCCUGAAGGAGCUGUGGAUGGUGGACGAGAAGAAGUGGCGACCCGGCCGAGCGGAGCAUUCUGUGGGGUGGCCCCUGGACAGACACACGUACGGCGGAUCCUUCCUGUAUCACCUGAACGAGGGAGAGCCUCUGGUCGCCUUAGGCUUCGUGAUUGGUUUGGAUUACUCCAAUCCUUAUUUGAGUCCUUUCAGGGAGUUUCAGCGAUGGAAACAUCAUCCUUUCGUUGCGUCCACGCUGGAGGGAGGUCAGAGGAUUGCUUACGGAGCCCGAGCCUUAAACGAGGGAGGAUUUCAGUGCAUCCCAAAGCUGACGUUUCCUGGAGGGCUGCUGAUUGGCUGCAGCCCCGGCUUCAUGAACGUCCCAAAGAUCAAAGGCACCCACACGGCCAUGAAGAGCGGCAUCCUGGCCGCCGAGGCCAUUUUCCCCAAAGUCACUGCAGAGGACCUGGACUCUCAGACUGCAGGGCUCCACGUCCCCGAGUACAGUGAGAACCUGAAGAAGUCGUCGGUGUGGAAAGAGCUGCAUGCCGUCAGGAACAUCCGGCCGUCCUUCCACAACUACUUUGGCCUUUAUGGCGGUAUGGUGUACACCGGCAUUUUCUACUGGAUGCUGCGGGGAAAAGAGCCGUGGACGCUCAAACACCAAGGCUUGGAUGCUCACCAGCUGAAACCAGCUAAAGACUGCAAACCCAUCGAGUAUCCCAAGCCCGACGGCAAAAUCAGCUUUGACCUGCUGUCCUCCGUGGCCUUGAGUGGCACCAACCACGAGGGGGACCAGCCUCCACACCUGACCUUGAAGGACGACGGCGUCCCCGUGGAAAGGAACCUGGCCAUUUACGACGGGCCGGAGCAGCGCUUCUGCCCUGCAGGUGUGUACGAGUACGUUCCUGUGGAAACCGGAGACGGCAUGAGGUUACAGAUAAAUGCCCAGAACUGCGUUCACUGCAAGACCUGCGACAUCAAGGAUCCCAGCCAGAACAUCAACUGGGUGGUGCCGGAGGGCGGCGGCGGCCCCGCCUACAACGGCAUGUGAACUUUUGAACCAAUCGUAUUCCGCAUUAAGGAGUAGAGAGCUGUCGCUAUGGGCCUGGAGUAUGAACCGUUAACUAUGUAGCCGCCUGAGGGCGCAGAACGUACAACUUUAUAUUUUAAAGUCUGUUAUUAAGCUUGAGAAAACCGGACCAUGUGAACGUAAAGUCCAACCGAUGGGUUCUGGGUUGAGCUCUGUGGGGCAUUUUAAUUCCUGAUGAGGUUUUUUUUUUUUUUUAGCAUUUAACCAGGAAGUGCUUGAUCAACAGAAACGGUUUGAUUUUUUGUAAAACUUGAACAAACUGUAAAUUAAUGUUUGAGGGUUUCUGUUGGCCACUAAUGGAAAUACUGUCUGAUGUCACAGAAAGAAAAUAUUACCCAACA